AAUAUAUUUAAGUAAAUUUUAGAACAGUUAGUUAUAAUGUUUAUAAUGUUGUUUUUUUAAGUUUGAUUUGAACAAAAUGGCGGAUCAACGGCGACGAAUAUCCCAACAAGAACUCAACAACAAUUUCAUGCAGUGGGUAGUUGGACCAAAUAACCACUGGGCUCGAAACUUUGGUUUCCAAUACCAAUUAGGACACCAACAAGCCAAUCGGAAUAUUUGGUAUAUCCCACCACCGCCAGUAGCUCCGCUUGCAGCUCCGCCUAUGAUGCCACGAGCAGCUGAACGUGCAGCUCUGAUGAUGCCUCCACCACCACCACCGCCACCAGCGAAUCCAGCUGAAAAUUCCCCGGGACAUCAACGAGAGAAUCCACCAGCAAAUUUGCCAAUGGAUUCGCCAGCUAAUCCACCAGAGCUUCCUCCAGUGGAUUUGCCAGCAAAUUCCCCAGGACAUCAGCGAGAGAAUCCACCAAAGCUUCCUCCAGUGGAUUUGCCAGCUAAUCCACCAGAGCUUCCUCCAGUGAAUUUGCCAGCAAAUCCCCCAGGACAUCAGCGAGAGAAUCCACCAGAGCUUCCUCCAGUGAAUUUGCCAGCAAAUCCCCCAGGACAUCAGCGAGAGAAUCCACCAGAGCUUCCUUCAGUGGAUUUGCCACCAAAUCCGCCAGUGGAUUUACCAGCAAAUCCGCCAGCGAAUUUACCAGCAAAUCGGCUGGCAAAUCCAACAGCGAAUUUGCUUGAAAAUCCACCAGAAAAUCCAGCAAAUCUGCCAGCCGAUCUGCGAGGACAUAUGCCUGAGAAUCCACCAGCAAAUCCACGAGGAUAUUUUCUAGAGAAUCCUCAUGCGAAUUUUCAAGCAAAUUUGCCAGCAAACCUGAUGUUCAAUUCAGCAGGAAAUUUUCUGGCAAAUCCACCAGGAAAUUGGCCAGCAAAUUUACAAGUGAAUUGGCCAGGAAAUUCACAAGUGAAUUGGCCAGGUAAUUCACAAGUGAAUUGGCCAGGAAAUUCACAAGUGAAUUGGCCAGCAAAUUCACAAGUAAAUUGGCCAGCAAAUUCACAAGGAAAUUGGCUGCCAAAUUUACAAGCAAAUUGGCUUACAAAUUCACCAGAAAAUUGGCUGGCAAAUCCACCAGGAAUUUGGCUAGCAAAUCCGCAAGCAAAUUGGCUAGCAAAUCGACCCGCAAAUUUGUUCGAGAAUCCGCCAGAGAAUAUUCCAGCAAAUUUGCCAGACAAUCCGCGAGGAUAUCAGCCAGCAAACGUGCCAGCUAAUCCGCCAGCAAAUCCACCGGCAAAUAGGCCAGCUAAUCCAUCAGAAAAUUUACUAGCGAAUGUUCCACUGGAAGAUCUUCCACUUGUGCCGAGAAACUCGCAAAGUAUGUCGUCUGGCUUGAGUGCUGACGAUAUUGCAGCUCAGUGGCAACUGCGACCAAAUUCGUCGGUUGGACCUACUGUCACUUCUGGAUCCAGUCGUCGCCACUUCGCAGGUGGUAUAGGUCAUCGCAAUAAUAGAGGGCGUGGUAAAGGGCGUAGCAGAGGACGUGGCAGAGGACGUGAGAGAUGGCCGUACGAAAAGGGAAGUGGCGGAAUCGUUCAUAAUUACUACAUGAAAUAUUAAAAAUAACUUUAAGGAAGUUGUAGCGUGAUAGGCAUU